AUGGGAACUGACGCUUGGUGUUUGUUAUGCCAAGUUCCUCCCAAGGAGUUCUCACAGGUGCGUUCGUGGAGCCCUACGACAGCCCUGCGAGAUCACUGGCAGAAUGGCCUGUGGGCAGACAAGUGCCACACCCGGGCCCACAGAACUGAGCUGCAGAAGGACGAGGAGCUGGGCCAGCGUCAGAUAAAACUCGAACAUAUCAGAAGGGUUUCCUGGCUCCUUAGACACCAGCCUGUGAAGUACAUGCGGGAAGCCACGCCCUACGUGAAGAAGGGCUCCCCGGUGUCGGAGAUCGGCUGGGAGACGCCGCCCCCGGAGUCCCCUAGGUUGGGGGGCGGCUCCUCGGACCCGCAGGCCUCGCAGGCCUUCUGCUUCCACCGAGACCAGAAGAGCAUCCCGCUGAGGAUGUGCUACGUCACGCGGAGCAUGGCCCUGGCGGACCCCGAGAACAGGCAGUUUGAAAUCCACUCCCCAGACGCCAAGCAUGUGGUGAUCCUCAGGAGCAAGGACUCGGCCACCGCCCAGGCCUGGUUCAGCGCCAUCCACACCAGCGUGAGCGACCUGCUGCCCCGCGUGCUCAGAGAGGUCAGAGAGCAGCUGGCACAGGUGGGCCUUGCUGGGGGGCACGAGGUCCGGCACCUGGGCUGGCUCGCCCAGAAGGUGCCGGGCGAUGGCGGGGAGCAGUGGAAGCCGGCUGUGGUCGUCCUGACGGAGAAGGACCUCUUAAUCUACAACAGCAUGCCGCGCAGGAAGGACGCCUGGCUCAGCCCCGCGCACUCCUACCCGCUCCUUGCCACCAGGCUAGUCCAUUCGGGGCCCGGGAAGGGCUCACCCCAGGCUGGUCUGGAUCUGUCCUUUGCAACACGAACUGGUACCAAGCAAGGAAUUGAAACGCAUCUCUUCCGGGCAGAGGUCAGCAGGGACCUCUCGCAGUGGACAAGGAGCAUAGUACAAGGUUGCCACAACUCAGCCGAGCUCGUUGCUGAAGUCACCACUGCCUGCACCUACAAAAACCAGGAGUGUCGUUUGACUGUGCAUUAUGAGAAUGGAUUUACUCUUACCACUGAGCCGCAGGAGGGUGCCUUUCCCAAGACAAUCAUACAGUCCCCUUAUGAGAAGCUCAAAAUGUCUUCAGACGAUGGGGUCCGGAUGCUGUAUUUAGAUUUUGGAGGCAAAGAAGGAGAGAUUCAGCUGGACCUUCAUUCCUGCCCCAAGCCCAUUGUUUUCAUCAUCCAUUCAUUCCUGUCAGCUAAGAUUACAAGACUUGGCUUGGUGGCUUGAGCAGAGGGGCGACUUGCCUUGGAAGGGGCCUGUGAUGCACCAAAGACUGGGACACUGGACCCCGAGCCGCGCACCACGCGUAGCUGCCAGGGCCAGCUCCAGGUGCAGGAGUGGGUGUGAGGCUUCCACAGGGUGCAGGGCCACCCUGAGAAACACCACGAGAUGCGUCAGAAUAACGCUUCCCAGAGCAGGUGAGGUUGAGACGAUGAGUGAAGGCGGUUGGCUGCACACAGCGUGGCUUCUACAUGAUGGCGACCAGGGCCUCGGCCAUGAGAACAGCAGGUGCAGCCUCACUCAUACCAGUUUCUAGGCAGCUGGCUUGUCCAGGCAAGAAAGGGCUGACUAGGUAUUUUCAGGCCUGAAAUUAAUAUUUUCACCUGUUUUGCCCACCCCACUAACCAUGACCCCUUGACUUAUUGCAGUGUAGGUCCUAAUUCUAGUUGACUUGACUUUCACUGGUAGGGAAAUAUUCUCUGAACAGAAGCCCACCUUUUCCUUAAGUGGGAAGCAGCUGUUACCUUUUUCCUCCAUGAAUUAUCUGUCAGGGGUGCAGAAUGGUUCCAAAGUGUUCUCACUGGCAUAAGCUGAGCGGGGAUUAAAUAAAACAUCAAAUAUGGAUCUGAGCUGGAAGCUGGCGUAGUUGGAGCCAGAAUUCACUGCUUAAAUUACAAAGCUGUGCUGAAGAGCUGUGUGCACAAUAGAUGACAGGUCCUGGGGCGAUACUCACACCAAGGUGUCCCGUCUUAUGGCCAAGGCUGACAGCUUUAUGUACGGAAAGCAAGUCAUGUUUUUUUUAAAGGUUGUCAUCAUAUAUAUGUGUACACACACACGCACACACACACACACACGAUGGCGGGUAACUAAUUGUCCCCGUGUCCUGACUUUCUGUGAAGCACUGAGCAGCUGGUGGCCCUCCGUUUGUCCCUGUGCUUGGGUGCAUGCAUUUCCCAGCAAAGCUCGUGGGAUUCUGGAAGUUUCCCAUCCCCAGAACGUAAGCCCAUCGCUAUAACCCAAUCUACCGAUAACGUCUGCAGCUCUUUUCAAAUCCCAGGGAAAUAAGAUAAUGGCCUGAUAUUUUUCUAGAAAAGUAUUUUGGGACAGUGGCAAGCACAGCACAAACUUAAUGUUUUUGCUUUUACGUCUCAAUUCACUCACUAAAAAUAACCCCCGUGGUCUGAUGUUAAAAGUUGAUUUUCUCAGACCUCAAAAAGUAGUCCCCGAUUUCUAACAUCUUGUUCCCCUGAAUGUUACACAGACAAAUGUACAUUGUAGACCUGUGUUUUAAGCAUCGAAUUUUAGCAAAUAUUGAUGUAAAGAGGUUUAAAAAGUGCUUUUGUUUAAAGGAUGUAAACUUGCCCCCUCAGACAUUCAUGCUUAUUGAGUUGCAGAGAUUUAUUUUAAAUCAUCAUUUCUCAGAAUAUUGUUCACAUGGGCUUUGGUGAUAACGAUCUGUAUUACAUUCUGAGUUAAAAACAUGCUCACGGGAUUUCGUGGUUGCUGGCCUCCUCCACACCGGAAGGCCCACUGUGUUCUCCUGGACGGGGAGUCAGGUGUCCCCACCCCACGUUAACCUUCAGGUCUCCUUGCUUCCUCCCAGAAUGGUUUGCGAAGCUAGCGUUUUCUCUGUUUUGUUUGAAGUGUAUGUUUGCAGUUCAUAAGAGCUGCAUUUGCUUUGGGGACUUGGUACA